UGAAGCGGUGGGUGUGGACGGGGACUCUUAUUCUGAAGUGUCUGUAGGCGCUGGUGUGAUAGCGGAAGUUCGUGCCGCUGAUAGCUGCAGUUCAGGCGGAUCCCGUCAGUGUCGGAUCACAAACUUUCUGUCAAACCCGAAAAACAUCCGGAAUCCGGUGACAUGGGGGAUAAGGAGUUGAUGUGGGCUCUGAAAAAUGGAGAGCUGGAUGAGGUGAAGACUCUGCUGGUGAAGGCGGAGGAUGUGAACCGGACUCUGGAAGGAGGACGCAAGCCGCUUCAUUACGCUGUGGACUGCGGUCAGGCCGAGAUGGUGGAGUUCCUGCUGUCUAAAGGAGCCGAUGUGAACGCUCCAGAUAAACACGGCAUCACUCCGCUGCUGUCUGCCACAUACGAGGGUCACGUGAGCUGCGUCAAGAUUCUUCUAGAAAAGGGUGCUGAUAAGGGAAGGAAAGGUCCGGAUGGUCUCAGUGCGUUCGAGGCGGCCGAGAGCGAUGCUAUUAAAGCUCUACUGAAGUGAGUCGGACGCUGCCGGCAGCGGAGAGGUUCUGACCACAACCACUGGAUCCAGCGCACACACACACACACACACCUCUCUGUCUCGGCCCGCUGGCUGCUGUAGCUCCUUUAGGUUUCAUUUUUUUAUUUUUAUUUUUAUUUUCUCUCCAUGUCCUUUGUAUUUGAUUUUGGCGAGGGGCUUAAUUUCCCCUCUAGUUGAUCGGAGUCAGCCAUUGGCUGAUGGACCUGUCACUCAUGCCUCCCAUGUGGACCAAUGGGAACGCCUGUCUAACACCACUAAACACGGACUUUAGAGUUCAGACUACAGUGAGUGAGCGAGUGUGUGAUGAUGAGGUAUGAUAACGUGUACUGUUAAUUAGAAACGAGUUGUUUGUAUAGUUCAUAGAUCUGAUGAAUUUCCCUGCAUUCCUGCCCGAGGAUCCCUCCUUCAGCUCAACGACGUUCCCGUCGCAUUAGAUGCUCAAAGAACAAAUAUUACAGAUGCUUGAAUCGUUCUGCUGACGUGCACGUUUGCUUUUGUGCCCCUUUGAUCUUGUGUUGUUGUGGCAGAAAUAAAUGCUGUGCGCUUGUAGAGUGUUAAACAGGUUCUCUCUCUCUCUCUCUCUCUCUCUCUCUCUCUCUCUCUCUCUCUCUCUGUGCAUGAUGGUGUUUUAGCUUUCAAUAGUCUUGAUUCACAUCGGUCAGCGAAUAAGCAUUUAAAACAUCCAUAUGUGCUAUUGUUGUGAAAAAGUCCCUUUGAAAACAAAUAAAACGAUUUCAAAUUA